AUGAAGAAUGAAUUCACAUUUCUUUCUAUGUUGAUUCUUGGACCAAAACAACCUGGGAAUGAUAUAGAUGUUUAUAAGGAGCCCUUAAUAGAUGAGUUACUAGAAUUAUGGAAAGGUGUGUAUACAUAUGAUGCUUCUACAAAAAAGUUUUUUAAUUUAAAGGCCAUGUUGUUGUGGACCAUAAAUGAUUUUCUAGCUUAUGGAAACUUAGCUGGAUGUGCGACUAAAGGGAAGUAUGGUUGUCCUAUAUGUGGAGAGAACUCAAAUGUUGUUUGGUUGAAGCAUAGCAAGAAGAUGUCUUUUUGCAAUCAUAUUCGAUUUCUUCCACAACAUCACCCAUAUCGAAAGAAGAAAUAUACAACUGCUAGGGCAAGGGAAAGAGCAUCACAAUGUCCAACUAUAUUAACAGCUGUUGAAGUAGCUAAGCAAUUAAGUGAAUUCACUAAUGAUUUUGGCAAGGGUAGAAAGAGGGGUUGUGGUUCAGAGUUUGAUAAAGGAUGGAAGAAAAAGUCAAUUUUUUUUAGGCUCCCUUAUUGGGAGAUCUUGGUUGUUUGUCAAAACUUGGAUGUUAUGCAUGUUGAAAAAAAUGUUUGUGAAAGCAUUCUUAACACAUUAUUGGAUUGCAAAGGAAAAUCUAAAGAUCAUUACAACUCGAGAUUAGAUUUGACAAAAAUGGGCAUUAUGACUCAUCUCCACCCAUAUGAAGAAGAAGGAAUUACUCGUCUUCCUGCUGCAGCUUACACUUUGUCAAAAUCAGAUAAGAAGUUAUUUUGUAAGAGACUAUUUGACUUGAAAUUUCCUUAUGGAUAUAGUUAUAAGAUUAGCAAUUGUGUAGAUAUGGAGAAACAUAAGCUAACAGGACUUAAAUCUCAUGCAUGUCAUGUGAUUAUGCAACAAUUGUUAGUUAUUGCUGUAAGGGGUUUAAUGGAGGAAGGUUGCAGAGAGAUAAUCCUUCGACUUUGUAGGUUUUUCCAUGAAUUGUGUCAACGUGUGGUUGAUAAGGAGGAGAUUAUAAAAUUGGAAUUAGAAUCUGCAGAAAUUGUCUACAAACUGGAACAAUAUUUCCCAUGUUUUUCCUUUGAUCCAAUGAUUCACUUGGUUGUCCAUUUAGCGCGAGAAGUCAGACUUUGCGGUCCGGUGCAAUUUCGAUGGAUGUACCAUUUUGAGAGGUAUAUGAAAGUAUUCAAAGGAUUUGUAUCAAAUUAUGCACGACCAGAAGGAUGUAUUGCAAAUCGCUAUCUUGCUGUUGAAUGUGUAUGCUUUUGUGAGACCUUUUUGAAGCAUAAUGAUAAUCAAGAUAGUACUGAAAUUAAAGAAAAUCCACUAUCAGCUGGAGAAUGCUUUGAACUUGGCCAAGGGGAUAUAACAAUAGCCUACCGGUAUGUGUUAUUCAACUUAGAUAUUGUAGCACCAUUUCUCAAUAUCCAUAUGGAUGAGCUGAAAGAAAUGCACAAAAACUUGAAGGAUAAUCAAACUUUGCUGUGGAAUCGACAUUCUGAAGGGUUCCCCCUAUGGUUUUAUGAUAAGGUUACACUCUAA